UCUGAGGUGAGAGAAUGAACCACAGUGAGUGAUCGCAGCUGAAACUGAGGAGAGAGAAUCGUGUGGAUUCAGUGUUCAGAGGAUCUGCUCUCACUCCAGAUACAGCUGUGCAGGAGAGAUGAUGCCGAGGAAAAUCCCAGAGUUUUUUCAUCCAGCAUGUGCUGAGAGCUGAUUCUUCCUUCACCCUGGACACAACUGGAGUAAUAAAGACAGAAUGAUGUGCUUUAAUGUGUUUGAACGAAACUCUCCGGGCUUCAGAGGAACUGAAUGGCAGUAACAGGCGCUCAAAUUCAAUGAAUCAUAAGAGGGAUUUGAUCUGAUGAAAAUGAACUUUGGGACAGUUGUCAUCAGUGCGGGUCUGUGCGGGCUGCUCAGCUUCAUCCUGCUCGCCGUGUCCAUCGCCACUGAUUACUGGUACAUUAUAGAUGUGGAUGAAGGGAAGAACUCCAGCCUGGAAUACAGCAGCUCCCACUCCGGACUCUGGAGGAUUUAUGAAGAAGGAGAGAACGGCAGUUAUCAUGACAUCUCGUUCUACACGGACACCUCCGACCACACGGAGCAGGAGAAGCACCUUUUAAACUUGCACAGGGUCAUAGUGGUCCUGCUGCCGCUCAGCCUGGUGCUGCUGGUGUUUGGGGGCAUCUUCGGUCUGGUGGCGUCUUUGGCUCAGAGCUGCACUCUCCUCACCUGCAUCGCUGCUUACUUCCUCAUCUGCAGUCUGCUGACGGUGUCUGGUGUGAGCAUCUAUAUCAGUUACUCUCAGCAGGCUUUGGAAGAGCUGCAGCUCACGGUAGAUAUGGAGUCACUGGCUCACGUCCACAUGUCCUUCGGCUGGUCUCUAGUCAUGGCAUGUCUGUCCUUCUGCCUGGAGCUGCUCACUGGGAUCCUGCUCAUUCUAGCGGCCCGUCUCAUCCACCGGCAGUGCCACCAUGAACCUGCUGCUGUGUUCUCCAUGAGCCAGAGUUCACCACAGAUGCUGAGACUGCAGUGAUGAUGAUGAUGUUGUCUCUAUUCACAUGCUUUUCAUCCACAGUUUGAUCAGGAAAUGAGUUUGUGCUGUGUCAAAGUUGAAAUGAAGAGUGCCGGGUGGCAAAUGAGACAGCUGCAUCAAUUAUUGAAGGAGAGGCUCACUCGAGGACUGCAAAAUUUGUCUGCAUCACUCGACUGUUUCUGUGCAAUCACGUUUUCCUCAAGACUUCUUGAAACACGUUUUCCUCUGCUCACCAAUGUCAUGUGUCAUGCGCUUAUGGUAUAUAACAUGAUGAAUCAAGCCAUUGAAGCUUUUACAUGUAGUAUCUCAAGACACAUUUUUACAGAAUAGUGUAUUUUUUCCCCUUUUGUCAAACAACAAAAUAGUUGAUAUUUCAUAGUGGUGUAUCUGUCAGAUAAGUAAUGAACAAUUUUGGUAAAAGUAUAUACAGUAUAUAUAAAAGUUCAGGGUCAGAAAGAUGACACGACUUUUUCAAAAACAUUAAAAAAAGUCUUUCCGACCCCAAACCUUUGAAUGGUAGUGUAUGUGAAACCCAUACACCUCACCCAUAUGUGCUUAUUGUAUAUUAAUUCUGUUGCUACUGAUUAUAAUGAGCCAAGUUUUUAAAUUACUUUACUUGUGGUCACACCGAUACUAAUACAUUUUAUAGGAGUUUUAAUACUAUACGGUGACCAGGAGGGGACAUGUUCGGUUCACUUAGUUUUGCUAUGGCUACGACAUAUUAACUCAUGGGAACGUGAUAUCUGAUAUGUCAUGGCCACGAAAUCAUUUUGUCGAGGUAACACAUCCUUAUGUUGUGCGAUGCGAUGUGAAGUCAAGAUGCCGAUGUUGAGGGAACGACAUAUUUUUCUUGUGGCCACGACUUCUAUUUAUAAUGUAUAUUAAAGGCCUACCAUUAUAUUAGGCCUAUAUCAUAUUGCGCUCAAUGUUGCCUAUAGACAGCGUUCAAAUGAAGUUUGUUGUUAUCAGUAAAUGUUUAAAGAAUGUGUAAGAACAUAAAAUAAUAUAGGCCUACAAUAUAUAUUUUUUUGAUCCAUCCCAUCCCACAGCAUUUUAAAUCACUAAUUAUGUCUUUUUUAUUUAUUAUUAUUAUUAAUAUUAUUAUUAUAUAGGCACCUAUAGCCUAGCCUAUUAAUUACUAGCCAAAAUAAAAUUCAAUAUAGAUAUAACCUAAUAUGUUAAAUUUCUGUAAAGUGAACGCCUAUACAGAAACAAGCUCUAUUGACAUAACUGUCGGGCAUUUACAGUUUUUACAAAACAUAGGCUAUAUGGUAGCUACUGAAAGUAGGACUAUUAGAUAUAAUACCGAACGUUAAUUGGGUAAAGAGAUAAUGAGAUCAAGUGGAAAAUAAUUGAAAUAUAUACAAAUAUUAAACAAACAAAAAUAAGAUAGCCUACAUACUGUAUCAGUGAAUGGAUUUAAAAUACUUUGGGAUGAGAAGAUUUUUUUUUUUCUUUUUUGUAGCUUAAAUAUUUUUUUAACAUAAAAAAAAAAAAAACAGUCAAAUGACUGGCUGCAAUGACUGCCAAACAAAAAAACGUAAAAAUUAAAGUAAACUGUCCUAAUUUAAAUAAAGUGAAAAAAAAAAAAUUACAGAAAUUUUCAUUAAAUGUUUUACAGAAAAACACUUAUUUUACAGUUAUUACCUGAAUUAUUGUGAUCUAACACCUUCACUGUAAACUGCAAAUCUCUUGCAGUCAGUCAUUAGUUAGCAAUAGCACACAUGCAUGAGCUAAUGCCUAUAGACAUCACUGCACUGGCAAAUACACAGUUACUUCCUUUAAAUAAAGCAACAUGCAGCAUAA